CAGUUGGAUUUAUGGUUUUAUUGACCUUUGGUAUGAUAUAUUACCUUAUAUACAAGUACAUUAAGGGAUAUACUACACAGCAACCCAUGUCUCUGGAUUUCAAGGACGUGUCACACGCCCAGCCUCUCACGCUAACUGUGGAGCAUAUCUUGGUGGCCCAUGAUUUAUCUAAGCCUUUCCAAAUUGAUCCAUUGAUGAAGCCGGAACAGAUUAACCAGCAUCUCCAAGAAGUACUAGAGCACCAAAUGGUAUUCGAUUUGCCAAACAGGGUUUAUCAGCAACAGGCCAAAGUGGCGUCAAUCCAGUGUGUUGCUGCUCCCAUAGGCCAAGCAGAUGAUGCAGGUACUGUCGGUUACGCUCCACAAGUGAUCCAGAAUAGCACACCUCACACACUUGACAACAAGCGCUCAAAUUUAACAUAUGGUGUAUGUGUCGAAGGCACCAGCCAUGCCAACAAGGCAAACUCUUCACCAAAUCAAAUGACAAAAUCUGAUUCUGUCAGUGAAGACUUAAUGGGCAGCGGGCGCACUAAAGUGAAGAAACAAAGACAAGACAAAAGAGGAUUGUGUGGAAACCUGGUUCAAAAGGAGCCAGUGCUGGAGCUGGAAAAAGCUGAUGAAACCCAACAGCUGCUGCUUCAGGAAGAUGCCCAGGGCAGGCCACAGCGAUUCCCUUCCCUUCUGCAAGAGAGAGUGGCUGCCAUUUUAGGGGAAAGGACAGGAAGUUACAAGCAGCAACCUGUAGAAUUGUUGCCAUCUGCUCUGCCAGUCAGCCAAAUGGCCACCUCAGAAGGCGAGUCUCCAUUACCCAUUCCUCAUUCCUCAUUUCCACUUUGUGCCAGCAACAACUUCUCACAAGAUCCCAGCCUCUUGGGGCAAUGGGCAGCCUGGGAUUCAUUAGUCUGGACUAAUAGCGAGUGGACCCCUUCAAGAUUACAACUGGCAGACUGCUUCAGUCGAGCCAAUGAGGACUUGAAAAGUGAGCCCGAACCCCACAGCACUACCCCUGGAUCUUCAGACUCGUCUCAAGAUAACAUGCUCCUCCCAGGCCUGUUCAGAGACUUGGAGCUGAAAUUACAGUGGGACCAUGGACUGGAUGAAAAUGCAGCCAUAUGUUAGCAAUUCACCCAA